UCCUUUUUCAGUGAUAAUAAACUCAUAAGGUCAAAAUAAUCUUUAAGCUCUACAGUAAUCCAGCGAAACUCUGCAGGUUGCCAUUUUCAAACUCUCCCAGGAUGCAUUUCAGCUGGAAAGCUAGGACCGUUGCUUUAAGAUGAUUUUUUCUUUGUGAAACCCACAAGCAAGACGAAUAAAUGCUUACUUCACAGCAAGCUAUAUAUCGAUAUUUGGGACUAUUUGGACGACGCUAAAAGCGAAAAAGUCGGACAACAGAGGGUCUGCCAUGUGAAAAUUAUUUAAAAAACUACAAUUGCUACUCGGAAAUUGCGUCAGCGUGAUCAGAAGUGACGUCAAAGUCGUUUUGUUGACAUUUGUUAGCGAAAGACAAAAACAGUGCACACGCACUGGUUGAUGUAUUUUUGGAAAUCAAGUAACGGACCGCGGAACCGGCCGAAGACAGCCGUGUUGUAACUGAAACGAAGUUGUGUGAGAUAAGCGAGCUGUGGUGAAGAGGUGGACACUGAGCAGCAAACACUAAAAAAGGGAUAAAGAUCAGCAGAUGAACCGACGGCAGACGGGAACAAAACAAACCGUGUCACCCUGACUACAAGACUGGCUGAAUCAUUCACAGGUUAGCCAGCCGCUGCACAGUCAUUUGGCUCAGGUAGUAAUCUUUUAUUAACGUAAGGGACGCUCAUUACUAACUAUACGGAAGCUUCAUGUGCUGAAUUUUUAACUCCAACGCAGAAUUUUACUUGUCAUCAUGGUCGUGUAGGGUUACACAAGCGCCGUCCGUUAGUGGAGCAGGUUAGCAGGCUAAUGUUAGCUGUAGCUAACCUCCUUUCUUCCUGAAGUGCUCGAGCUGCUAAGUAGCUAGCUGCAGGAUGUAGUUGUGGUUGCUAGUCUGCUUUCGUUUCGUAUAGUCUUUAGUAUAAGUAGCUCGUUAGUUGUGGAGGGGUGACCUGAAGAAUGUGAAGCACAAUGGCCAACUUUGAAGCUUACCAGGAGUAUCAGAGAAUUGAUGACUACGAGGAGGACUCACCACCAGGAGAGGAGGAUUUACUGGUGCACGUGCCUGAGGGCCUAAAAGACUCAUGGCACCAUAUCAAGAACCUGGAUAACUUCUUUACAAGGAUCUAUCAUUUUCAUCAAAAAAAUGGCUUUGCCUGUAUGAUGUUUUCCGAGUUCUUUGAACUUGCUCAGCUAUUGUUUGUUGUCACAUUCACAACGUUCCUUGUCAACUGCGUGGAAUACGAUGUCCUGUUUGCCAAUCGAGCGGUCAACCACACAGGGCCAAUCCAGAACCCUUUGGACCGGAACAAAGUCACACUGCCAGAUGCCAUCCUACCAACUCAGGAGUGCACUGCAAGGAUUCAAGAGAACAGCUGGAUCAUAUUCCUUCUCAUUAUGGCUGCUAUAUUCUGGAUCUAUCGUCUUAUUAAGGUCAUUUGCAACUUUUUGAACUACUGGGAGAUCAGGCAGUUCUACAUCAAAGCACUGAAGAUCAGAAUGGAUGAACUAUGCAACUACACAUGGCAGGAAGUCCAAGACCGUCUAAUCAGCCUCCAGAGGGAACAGCAAAUGUGCAUUCACAAGAAAGAGCUGACAGAACUUGAUAUUUAUCACCGGAUCCUACGUUUUAAGAACUACAUGGUGGCUAUGAUAAACAAAUCCCUGCUGCCGGUGCACCUGCAGCUCCCCCUGCUGGGCAAUGUGGUCUUUCUAACCCAGGGUCUGAAGUACAACUUUGAACUCAUCCUUUUCUGGGGCCCUGGCUCGCUCUUUCAGAAUAAGUGGAAUCUGCACCCCAAGUACAAGCGCAGUGGAAACCGCCUGGAGCUUGCCCAGCAGCUCAGCAGGGUCAUCCUCCUGAUGGGUUUGGCCAAUUUGCUGCUAUGUCCCUUCAUCCUAGUGUGGCAGGUGCUCUAUGCUUUCUUCAGCUACACAGAAGUGAUCCGCAGAGAACCUGGGAGUUUGGGCGCACGUCGAUGGUCCCUCUACGGUCGUUUAUACCUGCGUCACUUCAAUGAGCUGGACCAUGAGCUGCACGGGCGUUUGGGUCGUGGCUACAAACCCACUUCCAAGUACAUGAACUCGUUUACAUCGCCACUGCUGACUGUGAUUGCUAAGAACAUUGCCUUCUUCUCAGGCUCAGUGCUGGCUGUUCUCAUCGUACUUACAGUCUAUGAUGAGGAUGUUCUGACAGUGCAGCACAUUCUGACUGCUAUUACUGUGCUGGGGGUGACAAUAACUAUCGCAAGGUCUUUCAUCCCAGAUGAGCAUAUGGCGUGGUGUCCAGAACAGCUGCUGCAGUGUGUGCUGGCACACAUUCACUAUAUGCCAGACCACUGGAGGGGCAACGCUAACAAGAGUGAGACCCGUGACGAGGUGGCACAGCUGUUCCAGUACAAAGCGGUGUUCAUCUUGGAGGAGUUGCUCAGUCCUAUUGUCACACCCUUCAUUCUCAUCUUCCUCUUGAGAAACAAGUCUCUAGAAAUAAUUGACUUCUUCAGGAACUUCACCGUGGAGGUCGUUGGAGUUGGUGACAUCUGUUCCUUUGCCCAGAUGGACAUCAGACGCCAUGGAAACCCAACAUGGCUGUCAGAAGGACAGACAGAGGCAUCUGUGUACCAGCAGGCUGAAAAUGGCAAAACGGAGCUGUCCCUCAUGCAUUUCACCAUAAAGAAUCCACGGUGGCAGCCCCCUCAGGAGAGCUCAGUGUUUAUCAGCCAUUUAAAGGAGAAGGUGCACCAUGAUGCACAGGCCGGCCCCUCCACUCAGCUGCUGCUCUCAGAGGCGCCUCUCUGCACCUCGCUGCAGUCCAACGAGUCUGGCACUGGGGCUGAUAAUCUUUUGGCCAGUGUCCUGGCUCACCCUGUUAUAACUGCAUCUGGACUGCAAGGGCGAGACCAUCGGCUCAUCCCACCGAGCACCGCUGCUUCUGCUGCAGCCAGCGUUCUCGCCUCUUUGUCCACGUCUCAGCUCGCGCAUACCAGUCGCGGCCGGUCACACGGCCUCCUGCCCUCCUCCAUCCACCCUGAGACUACCAUGUACCACAGUGAGCGCACCGUAAUUGACAGUAUGUCUAACAGUGACUCUCGUGUCCGGAGCAAUGCACUACAGUCAGAGUUUGCCUCAGCCGAGAUGAGUCUCCAUGCCAUCUACAUGCAUGAGCUCCACCAGCAGAGCUCCCACCCACCAAGAACUUCAGGCCAGUGGCAUAAUCCAGUGCCAAUGAGAGAUCUGCACACACAUACUGGUUACCAGGCACACAGCGGCCUCAGUUCCAGCAUUUCUGUGCCCACCACUGUCCAUCUUGGUGGCUGGCAAGAGGUAGAAGAAGAUGAAGAAGACGAUCAGGAGAUUAAUAGUGGAUCUACUCCAAAACAGGACACUGGGGGUAGUUGUUGAAGUGCCUUUUGUCAUAAGGUAUACGCUCUCAUUUCAAUGCUCUGUGGUUCUGUAUUUUUGGACAUUGUUUGUCCUGAAGCUACAAAGCCGUGAUCAUUUCUCUUCUUCUUUUUUUGUGUUUUUGUUUUCUUUUGUUUUGUUUUUUAGUGUUUACAUUUUACUUUCUUCAACGAAAGUUGUGGCCUUAGAUGAUCUUCAUGGAGAAUUUAGCAUGGACCUUUAAUACACCAUUCAGCGUUUUUAGGAGGGACUCAUUGAAUAACCACAGUCUCUGCACCUCUACGCCUCAUCCUGUCAUAUCAGGCAGACUAUGGCAUCAGGGAAACCAUAUGUCUUCCGUCCACAUUGUCAAAAUUUUCUUAUCAACUUGUAGGAACUUUUCCCGAAGCUCGUAUGACAGAAAGAUCGAUGAGGUGUAGAGUAAUCAUAGAUCCACCGUGCGACGAUGGGCGCGAAACGCGAAAGGUUCAUCACAACUUCUGCUGCGCACAAAUCGAGUAUUUGAGCAUCACAGGGUAUUACGGUGCAAGUAUAAUUGAAGUUUUCCACAGAAUAGUGUCUCAAUCUGUGCCACAGCAUGAAGUCUUCAAAUUGUAUCUUGUCUGCCUGAACAAUUUUAGUCAUCUGGGGGGAAAAAAGCAUUUCAGAGUUGUGCUAUUUGACUCUUGUAAAAUGUAAAUACACUUUUGCAUCUUGCUUGUUCCUUCAAAGGUCACAUUUUUACUACUAGAUCCAAUUCCUGCAAAAUAUACCAAGUAUUGAAAUGAUUCAAAAGUUCACUAUACAGUAGCCGCACUGCUAAAACACUAUGUGUAUCUGGGAGUUCCUUGAGCCUAAGCAUGCACAUGGUUUGAUGCUGCUGUCUGUGUUUAGUGGUCCUAAAUGCAGAUUUUUGUUCAGUGUUGUUGUUUCUGCGGCUCAUCUGUCAAGACAGUUGCUUUUCCUCAAAAGCAGAGCCGUAGUAAUGGGCACCAAGUACACUUGUCUUAGAAAUCCCAAUGCAGAUAGAAGAUGUAAUUGAAAUCUGUUUAAGCUGGACAGAGCCAGCGUUAUGCCUUAACACCGAUGUAAAAACAUGUAUUUAAAUCCUAGUUUUCCGCAUUACCUCAGUUGUGGAGGAGAAAAAACGAAUACACAAAUCGAUACCUCUGUAGUGUAUUUACUCUUGUGUAAAUAUUUAUUAUACAUAAACGUUUUUUUCAUUCUAGAGGUGCAUCUUUCGACUGCAUUUUGAUUUUAAUGGCAGGUGUAGGUGGAAACCAUUUUUAAAAGAACAAAACAGAAAGGUGUUGCUUUUUUCAAAUACUUUGUGUGCUUGUUACCAUUUUUUGUGCUUUCCCUCAAACUGAUCAUAUAAAAAUGGAACUUCAUCAUAAGGGCUGAUUUCAGAGUGCGUGCUGCAUGACGGCAAUUCUGCUAAGACUUUAUUUUUCCAAAGUAAGAUCAUUAUAUAUAUUUAUUUCCCCACAUAUGUAAUUGAUACAGGUAUAUAGAGAGAUAUAAUUUAUUUAGGAAAAAAAAAUUAAACAAUCAUAAACUUUUACGAAUGGAGGUGGUGUGUGGCCCCUCUUACAAUGUGGUUUUUGUCUUUAAUUUUGGUGUUAUUGCAAAGAUGCCAUGCCCAGCGGCAAGAUGGUGAAUGCAAUUGCCGGUAAACCCUGAAAUAAACUGGGACAAAAUCUCAUAGUUGAUCUCAUGAUGACAAUAUCAACCCAGUUUUAUUGCAUUCUGCAAAGGAAUAUAAAUUGAGCCCUCCACCUCUAUAAGACUUCAGAGUGUGUCCUAACCCUCUCGUGUGUUUAGAAGUUGUUUCACUCUCACGUUGAGCGUGCAUGCGUCUGUGGAGGGAAUGCAUUUUAACAUCUGCGUAAUUAUGCUAACACUUUUGCACUGAUUGAAAAGCAUUUUUAAUGUGUGUGUGUGUGUGUGUGUGUGUGUGUGUAUGUACUUGCAUCCUGAUUUAACUUUAUAGAUAAGCAUUGCAUCAGCCUGUCUUGUGUUGUCAUUUGUCCUCAGCAGACUAUAAGGAAACACUGUGGCCAAGCACAUAAUGUUUUUUUGCUGGGUUUUUUGUUUUGUUUUUGUUUUUUGUUUUUUCUUCUGCCGCUGGUCAGUAAAUGUCUGUUUCCCUCACACGGCCUUAAAUGUGCUUACACGCAUUUCUUGUGGUCGCAGUUCAUUUGUGGUGUUUUUUUCCAUAUGAGAUGAGUUUGUUGUAGAGACACUGGAGCUCAGCUUUGAACACAGAGUUUUGAUAGUCUCCACAUUUACACGCCAUGGUAGUGUCUAAUGUUAGUCGUUUUAUUAUAAGCAGUGCCUUGGUAAUAAGGAUUAGCAUUUGCUCUUUUUAGAAGCCGUCUCGUGUUAACCAACAGAUUUGCUUUCACAUAUUUACCAGCACAUAGGAUGUACAGUAUUUUUGAUUUCCAUGCCAUUGUGUAUAGCAUCGAGUGCAUAUAGUGAAACUGUGGAUGUGUCUUGUUAGCUGACAGGUCAGUCUGUUGUAUCUGACAGUGCACUUCUUUUGUCAUGGGACUGCGCUGUGUUUAACAUCCUGAAGAAACGGGAGCAUGCCAUUAUGGCAAACCUUCUGAUCAUACUAUGGUUUCUUAUCCACUAUAUAGACCAGUCGAAGGAUCACAGUGACUGGAACAAGGUGCUAUGUUUUCAUCCUGAAAUGGUGAAUUUGUUUUCUUCUUCUUCUUCUUCUUCUUUUUUUUGUGGUUACAAAAGUUUGUCUGUAUGUUUUUGUUCUGUAAAUUGAGCAGCAUUAGCUGAAAUAUGAAACAUGCCAAAAGAACUUGUUUUCAGCACAGCUUUACAGUACGUGUUGUUUUCAGAGACUGAGUAGAGAGGCAAAUACAUCUAAUUUUGAGUGUAUUUAAUCGUUCUGUGUGUGGUUGAUUAUGUAAUGUUUAUUUAAAAUAAAAAAGAAUAAAGUUUAA